CUUCCCUCCAAAACACCCAUCUGCAACAAUUCACCAUGGCUGGACGACUGAAGGUUUCCAAGUUCCGCAACGCGCUCGUCAAGCCGGCCAAGCGCGACGGGUGGUACGCGGACAUUGCGACCGGCGCGAUGAGCUCGGAUGCCGAUCACAUCAAGGCCAGCGCCAAGCACGUCGCAUUCACCUGGGACUCGCUCGGUACGGUUGCCGUGCUCCCGCUGAGCAAGGUGGGCAAGGUCGAUCGCAACACUUGCCUGGUGCGAGCACACUCGGACCACAUUACCGAUUUCGCGUUCGGACCGUUCAACGACAAUCUGCUCGCGACGGGCUCGGGGGAUGCCAGCGUCGCUCUCUGGAACAUUCCCGACGCAGGUCUCACCGAGUCGCUGUCCACACCCGUGGUUCGUCUCGCUGGUGCGGCUGGACGCAUCGAGUCGCUGACCUGGCACCCGACGGCCUCGGGCUUGCUCGCUUCUGCUGCGGGCAACACUGUCAAGCUCUGGGACGUCGAGAAGGCUGCAGUCACCAUCGAUCUUGCUUCUCAGCACCCAGAGACGGUGCAGUCGCUCUCGUGGAAGGCCGACGGCACAGUGUUUGCGACCUCGAGCAAGGAUCGCAUCCUGCGCGUGGUCGAUCCGCGUUCCGCCAGUGCUGUUGCCGGCGUGGAGGCGCACGCUGGCACCAAAACCAUCCGCGUUGCUUGGGCCGGCCACCUCGACCGCAUCCUGACCACAGGCUUCAGCAAGUCUCGCGAGCGCCAGUACUGCGUUUGGGACGCCCGCAACCUGGCCAAGCCGCUUCAUCUCCAGGUUUUGGACUCUUCCACCGGUGUGCUCAUUCCCAUGUACGACGAGGACACCAACGUGGUUGUUCUUGCUGGCAAGGGUGACAGCACCCUUCGCUACCUCGAGGUUUCGGAGAACGCCCCGUAUGUCACAGAUCCCCAGGCGAACGUCAACGACCCGCCUCAAAUCGGAGCCACGCUGGUGCCUCGCCGUGCCCUCGACGUCAUGGAGUGCGAAGUCUGGCGUGUUCUCAAGCUGACCAAGGAUGCCGUCGUGCCCGUGACCUUUGAAGUGACCCGCAAGAGCAAGCGUGAAUUCCAAGCCGAUCUCUUCCCUGAUACGAAGGGCACCGUGGCUGGCAUGACGGCCGAGCAGUGGGUGGCUGGUGAGAACAUUGCCCCGCCCACAGUCAGCCUGGAUCCUUCCAAGAACUCGAGCAUCAAGCAGCCAACUCCCUUGUAUGCUUCUUCGUCCUCGGCGUCCUCUACUCCCGCGUCAUCUUCGCCUGCGUCGUCAUCGCCCGCGCCGGUCUCGCUGAUCAAGCCUUCGGCGUCGGCAUCGGCAUCGUCGUCGUCGUCAUCGCCCGUGGUUUCGUCUGCCCCGUCUCCGACACCCGCAGCACCUUACGUCCCCAGCGAGAAGGCCACCAAGGCUCAGGCGAUUGUCCGAUCCUCCAAGUACCGUCACGUGCAGGGCACUCUGCUGCACAAGAAGAACAACAUUGAGAGCAUCUCGCAGCUGAGCCCGGUGACUCCCAUCGAAUCCAACAUGUUUGAUGCCAACAAGUCGUUCAUGUGCAUGCCCUUCAGCGGCCCCGGUGGCCAGCUUGCCGUGUUCCCGACGAUGGUUGCUCGUCGUGUUGGACCUUCCGUUCCGACCCUGCAGAAUCACGCUGCUCCUCUUGAUUUUGCCUUUGAUCCCUUCAACGAUGCUCGUCUUGCCGUUGGCUGCGAGGAUUCCAACAUCCGCAUCUGGACCAUUCCCGCUGGUGGUCUGACUGAAAAUCUGACCGAGCCCACUCUGAUCCUCAAGGGCCAUGAGAACAAGGUCACUCUGGUCAAGUUCCACCCCACUAUUCGCGAUCUCCUCGUGACCGUCGGCGCUGAUUUCACCAUCCGUUACUGGGAUUUGAGUGUUGGCGGUGCACCCCUGAAGACCAUUUCUGAUCACGCCGAGCAGAUCCUCACGCUCGAGUUCAACAACGAUGGUCAGACCUUUGCCACCCUCUGCAAGGACCAGUUGCUUCGUUUGUUCGACACCCGCUCUGGCAGUCUCAUUCGUCAAGCGACUGCUCACCAUGGCACCCGCAGUGGCCGCGUGGCGUUCCUGGGCACCUCUGGCUUCCUCAUCACCACUGGUUUCGCAAAAACCAGUGCACGCCAAAUCAAGCUCUUCCGCGAAAGCGAUCUGUCUGAAAUCACCGAGGUUGAUCUUGAUGUUGCACCGGCCGUCUUGGUUCCCAUCUACGACGAGGAUACCACGCUGCUUUACGUUUGGGGCCGUGGUGACUCGAGCAUCUCUACGUUCGAGUUUGUGCACGACGAGGCGCCUUUCCUGCAUUCGGCCACGCCUUUCAAGUCGGCCGAGCUGCAACAUGGCCUGGCCUUCCUGCCCAAGGCGACCUGCAACGUUGCCGAGGUCGAGGUGGCGCGCGCUGUCAAGCUGUCCAAGAACACUGUCGAGUACAUUUCGUUCAAGAUUCCCCGCACUCGUCCCGAGUUCUUCCAGGAUGACUUGUUCCCGGAAUCGCGCGUUCGCGACACACCCAGCAUCACCCUUGAAGAGUGGCUUGCUGGCAAGAACCCUUCCGUCAAAUACGUUUCGCUCAAGCCCGCCAACAUGACACCAUUGUCGCAAGCGCCCAAGGAGCAACCGAAGGAGAGCAAGUUUGUCAAGUACAAUCCUGCCCUGCAAGAUUCUCCCGACCAGCGCAAGGAGAAGCUGCUCCAUUCCAUGGUCGAUUCCCUCGGCGACAAGCAGACUGGCGCCAUGUACCAAGACACUGUCCAAGGUGUUGAGGAGAGCGAGUGGGACAACUACUAAGUCCACUCUUGGGUGCCUUGUCGUGUGCACUUGUUGAUAUGUGUGUAUUGAUUGCGGAGCGGUGCUCGUAAGAAACCCCCUUUCGCCUGCCGCAAUUUUGAUGCUUUGAAUUGAAUAUCAAGAUCUGGAAAUCACCUUUAUUUUCAGACUUUUUCUUAAACCAAAUUU